UCCCUGGUGCUGUGGCUUUAAGAGGCCGUGGAGCGUCACGCGGGGACUUGCUGACAUUGCGCCACCUGGGUGUGGCGUCCCGAGCAGUGAAGCUGUGCAGACUUCCUGUCCGCAGCCAGGUGUUUGUAGGACCUGCGUCUGGCACCAUGUCUGACUGGAGGAAGAAAUGUGAGGCUGAGUGGGGUCUGCAGGGGGUCGCCAUGCCGGACGGUGUGGAUUGGAAGUCCGUGUAUGAAGCCAARCCUCUGGGACGGAACCUGCUGAAGAACCCGGCUCCGCUCGGGCUGAGUAAGGACAGCCCUCCACCUGAGCCUGAGAUGCCUGAAGUGCCCCCAGGUGGACCUCCACGGUUUCAACCUGACGGUGACUUUACCAACUGGUCCACAAGCACAGAAGUCCUGCCAUAUGACACCAGUGGCAUCCCAGAAGGUGCUGUGAUCUGUGCAUUGCCUCAGUUCAGCUGGUUCACCUUGGAGCAGGUUGUGGACCUGAAGGCAGAGGGAUUGUGGGACCAGCUGCUGGAUGAUUUUCAGCCAGACAUAGUAAUUCAAGACUGGUAUGAGGAGAGUCAGCUGCAUGAGUCUAUCUACAAACUGCAUGUGAAAUUACUGGGAGCAGACAAAACUACAGUGAUCCAGGAGCACAGAGCCAGCCCCACAGAGGACCUGAGCGUGUAUUCACACAACUGGAAGGAGGUGUCUCAUGUGUUCUCUGGCUACGGACCUGGGGUGAGAUAUGUCCACUUCCAGCACCAAGUGAAGAACAGUUUCCUGAAUGAUUUCUUCCCCACACGCUUCACUGGCAGCUCUGUAAUUGUAAAGCCAGUCAAAAGUAGUCCCUGAUCUGAAUUAAACCAAUCAAACUGCAUUAAUCAACAGAACAUCCUGUUAGAAUUCUUAAUAAAAUAAAGGUCUUAAUAAA